ACCAUCACCACAUCAAUCACUCCAUCCACUACAGUGAUCGUCACAACAUCCACCCGUACGCCAACCAAUUCAGAAGGAAGUGUUACCACUACUGAGGUGGAAACAUCUACCGUCGCCACAGAGACACGGACACCAGAUUUGACUUUGAUCACGACCAGUGCCACUCAAGAGGUCAUCACGACAUUUACUACCAUUAGUGAUGGAAGCACAUAUCAAGUCACAAGCACCGGCAGCAGUGUGGUACCAGUCACCACAAGUGUAGACCCAGCUUCUCUGACCGGCGGAGACGGCAAUGGUGGUGGGUCUGGUGGCCUCAGCGAGACGUCCAAGAAGACCAUCGGAGGAGUGGUUGGUGGUAUUGGCGGUGCUCUAUUGCUUGCUGGAUUGGCCUACACUGCCUGGCGCAUCUGGGGGAAGAAGAAGAAUCUCCAUGACGAUGACCUCUACGAUCCCAAUCUCAAUCAAGAUAAGCUCAGUGCAACCACUGGUUCUGACAACACUCCCUUCCGGUCGACCCUUGAUCAAUAUCAUCAACCGGGUCCAGUCAACACAGCAUCCAAUUUUUAA